AGUCUGGUUGUGGAGGAUCGCCGGAUCGGGGACAUGGGAGGUGCGUCUCUGCUGCAUCUAGCGUCCGCCGUGGUCGCCGCCGGCCUGGUUUUUCCUGCUGUCGCUGUGGGGGCACCUGAGCCACCACCGCUGCCGGUACUGCCGAUCCCGACGGCGGCGCAGCUCCGGUGGCAGCGGCGGGAGGUGAUCAUGUUCUUUCACCUCGGUAUGAACACGUUCACGGACUCCGAGCUGGGGACGGGAGCGGAGGACCCGGCCCUGUUCGCCCCGGCCGCGCUCAAUGCCAGCCAGUGGAUGGACGCGGCGGCCGCGGCCGGCGCGUCGCUCGCCAUCCUCGUCGCCAAGCACCACGACGGCUUCUGCCUCUGGCCGUCCGCUUACACGGCCCACUCCGUGCACGCCAGCCCCUGGCGCGGUGGCGCCGGCGACGUUGUGCGCGAGUUCGCCGCCGCGGCGCGCGCACGGGGCGUUGAUGCCGGCCUCUACCUCUCUCCGUGGGACCUCCAUGAUCAGCGGUACGGCCGGGAGGUCGCCUACAAUGAAUACUACUUGGCGCAGCUCCACGAGAUCCUCACCGGGUAUGGGAGCUUGUCGGAGAUCUGGUUCGACGGCCACAAGGACAAGAACGCGACGAACAUGACGUACCACUUCCAGGAGUGGUUUCAGACCGUGAGGCAGUUGCAGAGCUCCAGCAUCAUCUUCUCUGACGCCGGCCCCGACGUCCGGUGGGUCGGCAACGAGGAUGGGUUCGUCGGAACCACGUGCUGGUCCACCGUCAACCGCUCCAUGAUAACAAUCGGGGCGACCGGCAUCGAGAACUACCUGAACAACGGCGACCCGUGGGGGGCGGACUGGGUGCCGCCGGAGUGCGACGUGACGAUACGUCCGGGCUGGUUCUGGCACAAGAACGAGACGGCCAAGACGCUGAGCCAGCUGCUAAACAUAUACUACACCUCGGUCGGCCGAAACUGCGUGCUGCUGUUGAACGCGCCGCCCAACACCACGGGCCUGGUGGAGGACGCCGACAUCGCCAGGCUCCGCGAGUUCCGCGCCGCUGUCACGCGCAUCUUCGGCACGGACCUCGCCGAGGGCAGCACGGCGAGGGCCAGCAGCGAGCGCGGCGGCGGCUUCGCGGCAGGCAAUGUGCUGGACGGCCGGGACGACACCUACUGGGCGCCGAUGGCGGAGGACGGGUACUGGGUCGAGCUGCGGCGGCCGGCGGGAGCGCGGGCGUUCAACGUGGUGAGGAUACAGGAGCACGUGGCGCUGGGGCAGCGGGUGGAGCGGCACGAGGUGUACGUGGACGGCGUGGCCGUGGCAAGCGGCACGACGGUGGGGCACAAGCGGCUGCACCGGCUGGCCCGACCCGUCGUUGGCCGGACGGUGAAGAUAUGGUUCGCCGCGCGCCGUGGGCCUCCGCUAGUGUCGGCGGUGGGCCUGCACCUCGACCCUCACGAAACCACUCGCGCACCCCAAUAUAAACUAAACGGGAUCGCACCUUGAUGCGCCGGUUCAACGUGUUGAUUAAGUAGAUAAUGCUAAGUAAGUAGUAGCAAUUCAGAUUUAACAUAUGCAUUUAUACAGAAUAAUAAUAACAAUAAAGUGAAGAAGAAACGAGUAAGGCCUUUUCAUCCCGAGCUUCAUGAAGGCCGGAUUUAAAAAUAAAAUAAAAACCGCUCUCAAAAAAUUCUCAAAAAAAAUGCAUGCAUGUAAGAUGUAAUGUACAUGUGUGUACAAGUUUACGGUGAAAUACUUUAAAUUGCGACCUGUAUAAAAAAGACAAAUUCAG